CCAAACGGAAAGCAUCUCUACAGGAAUAUUGCGAGUUUUGUGAUACCAGCUAUCGAACUAUAAUAAAACAUGUUAACACUAGAUGGCUUAGUUUGGAGAGAGCAGUCAGUCGUACACUCCAACAAUAUGCAGCACUUAGGAGCUACUUUCAGUCAGAACAUGACAAUUUGUUCACUGGCAUGGUCACCAAAACGCACUUAAGACAACUACUUGAUAGUGAUGUAAGUCCUUCACAAGCAUCAAAGUACUACAAUGGUGUAAGGGCAUUCUAUGAAACCGCCUGGCAGUAUGCGCUGACCAACCUGCCUAUUAAAGAUGAUGUAUUAAGCAAUGCUAAAUUCACCAAUGUGCUAACAAGAGAAAAUCUUUUCAGCCAAGUGGAAUAUUUUGUGAAUCGCUUUAAAGAACUUCUCCCUUAUUCAACCCCAGAACAGUUUGACAAACUGGCUGAGGAAUUUACAGACUACCAGCUGUUAGACAUACCUGAAGCUGUAUUGAAAGAGGCAAAAAUAGAAGAAGAUGGUAUUACGCAGUAUAGAAUAGAUAGGAUAUGGCAUAGUAUUUCAAACAUGAAAACUGUUGAAGGAACAAGUAGGUUUCCUCGUCUAGUGAAUGUUGCUAAGCUGGUCCUUGUAAUACCACAUUCAAAUGCAGAGGAAGAGAGAAUAUUCUCUAUGGUCAGGAAAAACAAAACAUCAUUCCGCUCCAAUCUAGACCCAAAGGGUACACUCUCAAGUAUCCUAACCGUCAAGCUGGCACAACACUUACCUGUCCAUGCCUAUGAAACACCAACAGAAAUUUUGAAGAAAGCUAAGGGUGCAACUUGGGCAUACAACCAGUUACAUUCAUCAAAAGAGAGCAAAUGAUGCUUCAGCCUCUCUUUUACACAAUCUCCUUUCCUGUUUAACUUGUUUUACCAAAAGAAUUGUUUGUCAAAUGUAAAACGUGUAUUUGAGUAUUUUGAAAAUUUUGUUGAAAAAAAUAAAUAAAGUUAAGAGUUUUAACACUGAAAUAAAGCUAUAGAAUUUUAUUUUUCAAAAAAUGUUAGUAUAUAUUACCCCAUUUUUAAGAUUUAAUUUAAGCACUAGAGAUCUGCUCAGAGUGCACCAGAGAGCAUCUAGGCCUAAAAAUUUCCGGAGGCCUAAAAAUUUUCGGGGCCCUAGGAGGGCCCUCGACCCACGCCUAAAUUGUUUCGUUCCUGUGCAAAUCUCCAUCCACAGCCAAACUCAAACUUGGCAUGUAUGUGUAGAUAUGUUUGUAUUUUGGUUUUAUUUUUAUUGUUGAGAAUUGGUGAAUAAAAUGAGAACAUAUUUUACACAUGCGCCUUGUGUUUUAUGUACAACUCUGAUGACAUGAAUAAUAUACUGCCCCGCCAAUAAUGAUUUAGAGUUCCAUAAUAAAAUUAAUUUUUUGAUUUCGUUUGAUGGUUUAUUUAAUGUAUAGUAUACAACUUCAUUUUGUUUGUUGAUAUGUUUGAACUUCAGAUUUAUUUUCCUUGCAUGAUAGCAUGUUAUUCACGCAAAAAUGAAGGAUGAUAUGUAUAGCUUAUACUCGUCGGGGAAGUUAUGGUCGAAUAAAUAAAUGAAAGAUGAAAUGUAUAUAUGUUUUAUGUACAACUUUGAUGACAUGAAUACAAAAUAUACGGUAGUGUCCGCCGAUAAUGAAAGAUGAAAUGUAUAUAUGUUUUAUGUACAACUUUGAUGACAUGAAUACAAAAUAUACGGUAGUGUCCGCCGAUAAUGAAAGACGAAAUGUAUAUAUGUUUUACGUAAAACUUUGAUGACAUUAAUGCAAAAAAUAUAACAGUUAUAAAAUGGCAGGCAACUUGUAAAACAAAUCACUU